CUACGUUCAGAUAACCGAGUUCAAAGUUACAUUCGUUUAAAGUUUCGACGCAGGUGAGGUCUUCACCGCGGCCGAGAAACGCGGUGAAGCCUUCACCGCACAUUCACCGCCGUCCUCUAGCGCGGUGAAGGCUUCAUCGCGCUCCUCUACAUCGGUGAACCAUCACCGCGUUCCUCCGUCGCGGUGAACCAUCCCUGCGUUCCUCCUCCGCGGUGAUGCGUCGGUGCAUGUGUUCACCGCCUUCAUCAACUGCAGUGAUGUCCAAACAUGUGUACAUUGGAAUUUUUUUUUAUAAUGUGUAUUUUGAGAAUUUUUUGUUUAAAACAUGUGUAUUUUUGCAAAGAAAUUCAUGGGAUGAAUGUUAACGCCGCUGCAUUAAUCGUAUUGGCGGGAGCCAACAGAGCACCUUAUCCACCACCAGUUUCAGCGCCAGCAUGGCAAUAUCCAAACCAUAUCAACGCAAUUUUCCCACCACAGAUACAGAGAGUCAGAGACCAAACCACCACCUGCUGCAGGGUAAAAGAACCCAGCAAAGGAACGGAGAAAAGCUAGCAGCUGGAGAGGAAGGAGUUGGCGAGAGCGAGAGAAUGCGAAGCGUGGCGGUCUCAGAAGGGCGUUUCAUCCCCCCACAUUGUUCAAUGCCGUCAUCUCCAUGUCUUCUCAACGGCAAGCCUCUCAAGUUCCGCUUGCUCCCUCUCAGUCCCAUGAACACUACUCCUUCCUCAUCCUCCCGCCUUCUCUCCAGGUGUUCGAGAAAAGGGCUCACAGAGCCGUUUCAGGAAGUACUUAGAGGGAUGCUUCCCGCUGUGUAUGACAACGAUUCUCACGAUCCUGUAACCCUGCUCUCUCUCUCUCUCUCUCUCUCUCUCUCUCCUUUCACUGUGAAGGUUCGUGAGUUAGGUGAUAGUCAUUCGUUUAUGGGGAUAUGCUGCAAUUGGUCACACGGAGUUGGUGAUGGCGCCAACAACAGCCGGGCGCCGGGAGAACUGGUUCGGAUUAUGGACGGCAAUGGGAAGAUAAAUUCAUUUCAAGAAAUUGGCGCUGUGGAAGCUGCUACAUUACACGAGGGCGUAAUGAAACUAUUUGUGCUCCUCUCUGGGUGUCUAGUGCUCCAGGGCUCUGAUCCAGCAGCUGCUGUUGCAAUGGAGCUCUCAAACAGUGGGUUGCAAUCCAUUCCUUAUCUUGGAGACCUUGGUGACAUUAGCACAGGUUUCGCCUCAGCAUUCUUGCUGAUAUUUUUCUCGGAGUUGGGUGACAAAACUUUUUUCAUUGCGGCACUUUUAGCGGCUAGGAAUUCUGCUGCCAUUGUCUUUACAGGGACCUUUGGCGCACUUGGUGUAAUGACUGUCAUAUCCGUGGUACUUGGAAGAACUUUCCAUUAUGUGGAUGAGAUCCUUCCGUUCAGGUUCGGUGGUACUGAUUUGCCUAUUGAUGAUAUUGCUGCAGUUUGCCUUUUGGUCUAUUUCGGGAUAUCAACAUUAAUUGAUGCCUCUUCAAGCGAUAGCCCAAAAGCAGAAGAUGAACAAAAGGAAGCGGAGCUAGCAGUUUCAGAGUUCUCCGGAAAUGGUGCAGGCAUUUUAUCCGCUGCUAAUACCAUUGUCAGCACAUUUGCUUUAGUUUUUGUUGCUGAAUGGGGCGACAAAUCAUUUUUCUCUACAAUUGGUUGGUUCCUAUGCUGAAAAUUGUAUAAUUGUCAGGUUUUUCUGCUUCUCCGUUUGGCACUUAAACUUCCUUUUUUUCUUCUUCAAUUGCUCUCUUCUUCCAGCACUUGGGGACCGGUUAUUGUAACAACACCCUUUGUGUUGUUAUUGUAACAACACUAGUCCCCAACCAAUAGGAAGCUAGGAUUGUGAUGACUUUUUAUUAGAUGAGUUGACCUAGUGUAAAAUCAAAGCAGGGGUAUAAUUGUCAUUAUGAAAAACCUGUUUAAAUAAUAAAAAUAAAAAUAAAAA